UCUGGACUGAAUCCAGAUAGGACCUGAAUCCAGAUAGAAUAUGAAUUCUGACUGAAUCCAUAAAGAAUCUGAGUGCAUUGCGAACUCACAGCGUAUCUAAAUACAAAUUGAAUCUAGAUACAACCUAAAUCUAGAUUUCAUCCAGAGCUAACCAGAAUCCAGUAUCAAUCCAAAUAGGAUCUGUAUCCAAAAAAGGACCUAAAUCUGGACUGAAUCCAGACAGGGCCUGAAUCUAAAUUGGAUCCAGAUAGAACCUCAAUCUAGAUUCAGUCCAGAUCGGACCAGAAUUUAGACUCAAUUCAGAUAGGAUCUUAAUCCAGAUAGGACGGAGUGCAGUUCGAAUCCACCGUGGAGCUGAGUCCAAACUGAACCUAUAUCUAGAUUCAGUCCAGAUAGGAUCUGAAUUCAAAUAUCCAGGUUGAAUCCAGAGAGCGCCUAAGAACAGAAUCAAGACUAAAUACAGCGUGAACCUAGUCAAGGUUGAAUCCAUUGGGGACCUGAGUCCUAUUUGAAUCCAUAAAGUACUGAAUCCAUCUAUGAUCCCUGGGACACCUGCAGCGAUGCUCCCAGCCACGGAAGCAGCCAAGAUCUACCAGACCAACUAUGUCAGGAACUCUCGUGCCAUCGGGGUCUUGUGGGCCAUCUUCACCAUCCUCUUCGCCAUCGUCAACGUGGUAUGUUUCGUUCAGCCCUACUGGAUCGGCGAUGGCAUGGACACGCCACAGGCUGGCUACUUCGGCCUCUUUCACUACUGCAUAGGUAAUGGAAUUUCCCGGGACCUGACGUGCCAGGGGAGCUUCACAGAGUUUAGCGCCAUCCCGUCUAGCGCCUUCAAAGCUGCGUCCUUCUUCAUUGGGAUGUCCAUGGUGUUGGUCCUCUCCUGCAUUGGCUCCUUCGCCUUCUUCUUCUUCUGCAGUACAGCCACUGUGUAUAAGAUCUGUGGGUGGAUGCAGCUGGCAGCGGGUACGUGUCUGGUGUUGGGCUGUAUGAUAUAUCCUGAUGGCUGGGAUGCUGAUGAGGUGAAGAGGAUGUGCGGAGAAGGGACGGACAAAUAUACCAUUGGAGCAUGCUCAGUGCGCUGGGCGUACAUCCUGGCCAUUAUGGGCAUCAUGGACGCCCUUAUUCUCUCUUUCCUGGCUUUUGUGCUGGGCAACAGGCAGGAUGGACUCAUGUCCGAGGAGCUGCUGGGAGACAAGAGUGGGAAUGCAUAGACGCCAGAUACACUCAGGUGUUUCUGUCUCGUUCGAGGAAAAUCAUUAUGUGAAAUCACAAUCCAGCUUUACCCAUCAUCCUGAGGGCAGGAGGCCUGACUGAAGCAGUUAAAGGAUGCAAACAGGGUGAAUGGAGUUGGGAACUCACUGCUUUUCUGUCCAUAUCCCUUCUUUUCACGUCACUCCCUGGAAUUGCUUCUCAACAAAUCCCUACCGUACUUUAAUUUACAGUGUUCUGUGCUACUAACAUGAUAGAGCAGCUAAUGCACCGUUUAGAAGUAACUUGACUUGGAUUAAUAAUAAUAUUUAUUUAUUUUACAUUGUGUUCUCCUUAAAGGCCUGCAUUACAAUAAUGUUAAUAUUUUGGGAUUUAUGAAUUACUGUAAAACACUGUUCUAUUUGACUGGAUUCGCCAAUAUAGAAGGAAACGUUUACAGGAUUGAAUUGUGGGAUGUACAUUCUGGCACAGAGCGACAUAUCUGGCUUGUUAUUAUUUCUGUCACUACCACCCCUUGACAAAAAAAACUAAACAAAACUAAAAAAGGCAGCAAAUUGGGACACUGAAUCCCGACCACUUAAAUGAGAGCCAAUUUUAAGGCAAGUGAUCAUUUAUCGGGUUUCAAAAUGUA